UGUGAAAUGGAAAAAUAAGAUGAGACAACAGCACUAUGUUGAUGUAUAGUGUCAUUACUAGACAGUUUUUGAUGGCUAAAUGACCUGUGAGUCUGUCAAAAAUCUGACCGUAUCUGUAUUUCAUGAGAUCACUUAGCAGGGGAGAAGUUUAUUAGAAAAAAUGAGGUGGUUUUGAACCCAAGUUGAGUCUGUUACACCUCAUCAAUGUCUAAUCAAAAUGUUAAAGGCUCGCUGUGUCCAGAUCAUGGCAUUGCCAUGUGUCGAGCAUAAAAUGGAUACAGUGUUGGUGGUGUUAGACGAUGAAUAAGCAUGACUACUACAGCGUAUGCUGGGAUAGACGGCCACUUGAACUUCAGUAUCCCAAAGGUUAAGAGGAAGCUGACCAAAGACAACUUGACUCGCAUCGAGUUCGAAAGUCGAGAUGCUCAGGAGAUUGUGUCCAUUGUGGAGAGAUCCUACCUGGAACCAGCGUACACUGGGAAGUGGUCACUGGAUGCCAUGGACACUGUUGUUAACAAACAGCUGCAGGAAUCUUAUAGAAGGAAGAAGUUAGAGCUAAAGGAUGAAGGCAGACACUCGAAAGACCUCACAGACCAGUACAUGUUUAUGGCAUGUAAGGACCCUUUCUUGGCUACUCUAUUGCCAAAAAUGGUCUCCAGGUCAAGGAGAAGAAAGACAAAAUACUUAAUGCAUUGGGAAACAGCAAAAGUGGGGUGAGCCUGUGGAAACAUGCCGAUGUGCAGCUGUGUUUUGCUGAAACAUAUCCCCUCAUCACCAUCUGUAAGCUAAUUGUUUUCAAGGUAAUCAUGGGUAAGGUGAAGUCAGUUCAGCCGUGUUAUGGGUCAGAAACUGGGAUAGAGCCCACUCCAAACUAUGACUGCCACAUCAGUGCUGUCAGUGCCAGGGCUGGAGACCCCUUCUACCCUAAGCUCAUGAAGUCACAGAUUUUCUUCUACGAGUACACUGAUGAAGCGUUGCCUGCACCUUGUCCCCGUCAGUGUCUCCCAUAUGCAAUAUUGACUUACAAACGGCCUAAGCACUGUGCUCCGGUUGACCAUCAUUCACUAAAGAGGAACUUUUUCCGCUCUGGCAAGGAUCGUGCGGAGCCGGGCGCCCAGGGUCCAGUGUCGGGUGAAGAUGCAUCCAGCUAUACCGACACAACUCCUGGGAGGUAUAGAGCUGGCUCACAGCACCACAGACAUAACUCAGGGGAAGCUGACCCUAGACUUAGCCCAUCAGGUACCUCCAUAGGGCGAGGAAGAGGUGCACCCCUACUCCCAGACCCUUCACUCACCAUCCAGCAAGCCAGUACACCGGACAGUGGUCAGCCCUGGUCUAGUGGGCAGAAUUACCCAGCCCCUGGUUUGCAGUCAUCAUCCCUGUACAGAAGGCCUUUACUGCAGACUCCUACAUUAGCUAGUGCUACCAGUGACACUACUUUAUCCGAAGGUGGACAUCCUCUUGGACCACAGAGGUUUGUUGAGGACCCGCGUUUGGCAUGUCGAUCAAGCCAAACUUCCAGUGCCAGUUGUUCAGAACAGUCAUAUGGAGACUUGGAAAGGCCAUUAGUUAUGGAAAGCCCACCUGUAACAGGUGUCACUGCUGAAAUGUGUGUAUUGAAAGUACAUCAAGUGGAAGAGAGCUCCUACCAAAGUAUUACAAAUUCAAGCAAAUGCACUGAUAUGAACACUGCAGUCUAUGCUAACGGCUUAAAAUCUACAGAACCACAGACAUUACUGAACUCCAGGACAACUGUAGCAGUCUCCAUCCCACCAUUACUACCAUCAGCUCAUCUCCAGCAUGUGAAUGUAUCAAAAGUUCAGGAGAGUCUCACAGAGUCACAAGUGGCAAUGUUGAAACAGGCUCUUAAUACUUCACAUGUUGUCUCCCCAAUGAACUUACUUUCACAACAGCUGGCAGGAGAAGGAUUGAUGUCCCCUGGACUCAGUUGUAGUGUUACUCAGGGACAGACUCCACUGUCUAGUCCAUUACAGAAACCAAAGGCCGGCAAACAGAAACUCUCCCUGGAGUCCUACAGACAGAAGAAAAGGAAAGCUUCAUCAGGACAGUCGGCAAACUUAAGCAGUGACAAUCAAAUCUCAGGUCAAUCUCCACAGGGGUCAACUCUGGUACCCCAACAACAACAGUUAACAUCUGAUUCUGUAACAUGUGCAGAAGAGUCAAGUGAUUUUGCUAAUCUGAAUCCUCCACAGAUUGAGCCUGAGCACCCAACACUUCCAGUCAAAGGCAUAUUGAAGACAAGAAAGGCUUCUGUGGAGGACAUCUCUCCAGUUGAUGACGCAAGGAUGGACCAGGACACCAGUGUUGUUGUAUCUGAGCUAAAAGAUAAGCAUUCAUUGGCUUUACAAGCUCCAGGAUCUCCAUGCUCAGUCAUUUCCUCAGUGAGCUCUAUAGAUGGCUCCAGCGUUACUUCCAGUCUUUCAUCCAAUCUGGCGGGUAGUGUUACCCACAGUCCUGCCCAGGCGGAUCACAAAAAAAAUACCCAACCAAAGAAGAAAAAGAAAGUCAACAGGAUGAUGAUGGGUUACAAGAAGCGGCGAAAACGAAAACGUAAAUCAAAAUCAACAACCAAAGCUGAUGAAGUUAAAGAGGCUGAUGACAGUGUCUGUGACCUUGAUACUUCACCAUCUACAGACUGUCUUACCAAGGCUGAAAGUGAAAGAUCUCUUCCUCCACAGCCAAAAUCACGAUCAAAUCCUCUGUGGAACCUGGCCUCGCCUCCCAAUGAUAAUGACAUUGAUUACAAUGAUUUUAGUUAUGAGCAGCCUCAUCACUUUGAAAUGUCCAUACCUGAUGGGUUAAGCCCACCUCCUCCGUUACCUGCCAAGAGGGCGUGCCUAGAUCUGCAUAGGUUUGGCAUAAAUCACUGGUCAGAAGCAGCAACAGAUCCUCGAUUCCAACCUUCUGUGUUAUUGGUUAGAUCAAAGGUGGAUGCCCAGACAAGCAUUGUUUCAGUUCCGAAAGAUGAGGAUUUGUUAUUUGACUGUCCCGAUAGUCCAGACUGUGCAAGUCUUGUGAUGGUGUCUGAUGAGAAACCCAGUGAUGUGGUCAGAAACACAGAAAUUGCAGUUGUUAAAGGGCCACAAAGGGACACAGGCUGUGAAGGGGUAGCUGAUGUGGGAACUGAGGGUAUAUGUGAAAGCGAUACUACGUGUGAAGCCUUUAAUGUGAAGCCGGUGCCUGAUGACUGUAAUACGCAGCUUAGUGAAAACAAUCCAGCUGAAGACACACGUGUGACUGCCAAAAGGACUUCUGUGAUAGACUCUAACAUGUAUGACGUUGGGGAGAUCGAGGCUGCGAUUGACAGACACAUAAAGCAAAGCCACGCAGAAGAUAUGUAUCCAAAGUGGCCAGGGAUAACACAUCCUGACCUUUCCAAGCCUGUUUUGUGCCCUGGUAAACGUUCUACCUCACAGAGUACAACACAGACUUCAGAGUCUGUACUCUGUGAAUCUGGGAUGGAAGUCUCCAUGGACAUAAUACAUAGGGUUGCUGCCAAUAUUCUCCCUUACAUGGAAGGAAACCACUCAGUCAGUGAAAUUUCCUCCACAAUUGCUGCUAUUUUGUCACCGUUACCACUCCCAGUACCUUCGUUACCAGUACCUGCACGAACAUCGUUACCAGUACCAGCACCAACGUCGUUACCCGUACCUGCACCAACAUUGUUACCCGUAUCGGUACCAACAUCAUUACCGGUUCAAACUUUGUUAAAUUUACCAACAGCAUUGCCAGUACCUGUUCAAACGUCGUUACCUUUAUUAACCUCAUUACCAGUACCUGCACCAACGUCGUUACCUGUACCAACAUCUUUACAUGAACCAGCAUCAUUAACUGUACCAAUGUCAGUACCUGUAACUGUUCCAGAAACCUGUGAGAAGCCUGUGUAUCCAUUAGAAUCCACAGAGAAUACCAUGAUAUCUCCUGCAUCUCCAGGACAAGACUAUGAUUCAACGUCGAUUGCUCUGGCUAUUUUACAUGAAGAUUCAGAUGAUGAUGACAUUUUCAACCCACAACCAUCACCUGCUAAAAGUGACAGCAAUCCAGCUCCCUCUGACGACUUGUAUUCAGCUUACAUACCUGAGAGUACCCAUAAGACAACAAAUUCUGAAUCUGCAGAACAGACUGCUGCUAAGUGGCUUGGCCAGAUGGCACAGCUGUGCAAUAUGAGGAAAGAAGAACCGGAAAAAACACAACUGGAUUUCUUUGAAUCGGUAAGAAAAACUCUGAAUUUGAACAUACGUGUGCACUCUGCUGCAUUGCCUGAGGAGAUUCCCCAGGUAAAAACUGAACAGAAAAAUGUAUCUCCAGAACCUGAAAUUCUAACUGGAGCAAGUCUUGUGAAACCAUUAACAGUUAAGGCAGAGGCUGAGCUUCAAAUUGAAGUUGAAAAGGAAUCACAAUGGGAUUUAAAGCAGUGUGAAGAGACUGAAAGUACAGACCAAAAUAUACCGGUUUUGUCAAGAGUUAAACAAGAAACCUUCAAACAUGAAAGGAAAAGACCAGACAAAACUAUACCUGUAGUUUCAGGUGCAAAAUGUCAUCGGACAGUCAGAGAUGCCCAGACUGGAAAAAAUAAACAGAAAAAUGGUAAACAAGUUGUUGUUUUAACAGCUGCUGAGAGUGAACAUAACCUUAGUGAAGGUUAUGAAAGCAGUACUGCUCUCAACAUUCAUCCAGAUCAGAUAAAACCUGAAGUGGUUAAAGACUCCUGUCAGGACACUGGACUACCUCCUGGAGACAAACAUGAUCAGUCUGACAUACUGAGAUGGUUUCAAGACAUGAUCACCCCCAAACCAGGUGAAAAAUCUCAGCUAAUAAGUCAAACCUCUAAUAAGAAUAAGACAGGUGUUGACAGGCAGUUGGACAGACAGAGUUCUGCUGAUGCAUCACAGUUUGAAAACAGUGUGAAAGAGAAAGUGACUAAUGACAUAAGAAGUUCUGAAAAGGGUAGGUCUUCUAGGGACAGUGCCACUGUGUCAAACUCAGAAUGUCUAUCAAAACGGAGACACUCGCUGCAUUCUGUGUCUUCUUCGCCCAGCCCUGGUCGUGGUCUAGUACGGCAGAAAUCUAGGCGAUCUCCAUCUGACGAAGGAAGAUACUGUGAUUCAGCAACCAGAACUGCACGUUCGUCAUCUUAUGCCUCUAGUCGUCUAUCUGAGAGGGAACAUCAUAGGUAUAGGUCCCCCUCAGACAGUCCAAGAUACUGUUCUGGGAGAAGGUACAGCAGGAACUCUUAUUCCAGGUCAAGGUCACACAGUCCUAGACGAAGACAUUCUGGACAUAGUUCAUCCUCUGGUACAUCCAGGCAUGGAAGCAGGACGUCCAGUAGGUCAUGCUCCCGCAGUCCAGAUAGAAGAAGUGACUUGCUCAGAAGAUCCCCCAUUUGCAGAAAUCGUUACAGGCGAAAAGGGAGAUGGUCCAGCUCGUCUAGAUCUUUCUCCAGGAGCCAUACUCCAGACUCCGACAGAGAAAAGAAACCUCUGUACAGACGGUCCUCCAUAUGUAGCCCUGUCAGCAGAAGGUCUUCCUCAAGUAGCCCAGGACGUCGUGUAAGAGAUAGAUCUAGGAGUAAUUCCCGAUCGAGAUAUACAAGACAUUCCCAGGGUGAAUGGGCACCGUCACAGAGUUCAGGAACAAGAUCAAGAAAAUCCCCAGGGACCCCUGUAAGACGUUUAAGGAGACAGUCAUCAAGUCAAAAAUCCCAAUCUCCUGGCCCGCUGAAGCAUUCUGAGGAGAUAAGACACACUGUGAAAAGAAACUCUUCCCCAAGUUUGAGGAGAAGAUCACACAGAGUGUCUUCACGAGACAAGUUCCCUUCAGAUGCAAGACAAGACGGCCACGAUGAGUGCUGUGAAGGCUCGGAUCUUAGCUCUGGUGAUGAGAAAGAAGGCUGUCUUUCUUCAGUUAUUGUUUCCCACCGUGUCCGUCGAAGUUCAUGUGAUAAAACUGAGGAAAGGAGGUCUUCUGUUGGGUAUUUUAAAAUUGAAAACCAUGAUUAUGAUAAUAAUGAGGCAAUUCAAGAAAAGAAGGCGACUCGUGAAGGCGUUUGCUAUGGCCAAGAUAAAAUAAUACCUGUAAGCCUAUGCAUGUCACAAGUUGCUGUUUUGAGUACAGUAUUAAACUCUAGUGGAAGUCCUGUAAGACAGUUUGAGGCAAAGACAUUGGAUGACCUAGACUCUGAGCGUGCUAGGCUUCUCUUGGAAUUGGAUGACCUGAAAAAUAGUGACUCUGACACAGCAAGUGUCAUUUCACAUUAUUCCAAGGCAUCAAACUGUUCACAUGGGAAUAAAAAGUUGUCACCUGUCCAGAAAAACACAAAAUUUGAAGAGGAAAAAGCUGUUGCAGACGGCAAACAGAUCAAACUAGAGAGUAAAUCAAGUAAUGCAAGUAUUCUUACUCCUGAAACCUUUAGGUCAGAAAUGACAAAUUCUUCUUGUCUUCCAAAUGCUAUAUUAGAAAGCCAACAGGGGUUGCUCCAGAACUUCGGAUCCAGCCAGUCUCCUGAACCAUACUACAGUCAACCUCAGUGUUCAAAUCUGCAGACUCCAGUGAUAGCAGAAUCUUGGAGUUCCAUAAUGUGCAACAUAGAAAAUGAAAAACAAGAAGUUGUUCGUGGUCAUACAUUGAAUGUGUCAAAAGUGGAGCAAACACAAACCUUACCAGGAACUGUGUCUGAGAAUGUGCCAGAUAUGUUUCAGUUAGAAUGUAAAACAGCGCUUAACAAAAUGGAAAAACUGAAACGUAAGCAAGAAGGACAGAGAGCACAGGCUCUUUUUAAUUCACCUUUGCAUACCUGGCUGUCGUUGUUCAUUCCAAGCUCCAGCAAUGUAUAUGAUGAAGUUCUGCAGGAAAUUUGUCGAUGCAUGAAGUUACCAAGAACAAAGAUAUUUUCAGGACUUUCUAAAAAGUCCCGAAAGGCAACCCGCAAAAUUGCCGAUCGGUUGGCCAGAAUAUGUACAGCUAUGGAAGGGACUUCUGAUAAAAUUAAAACUUCAACAUCGAUUUCAAUGGACUCUCCAAGUUCAGCAGGCAGUUACUAUACAGUCAAAGAUUGGUUUGCAACUUUUAUCAAUCCAGGGGCAAAAUACUUUAAUGCAGUUGUGGAAGAUGCUCUUUUAUCAUUAGAUAUUUCUCCAUUUUACAAAAUUACAUCCUUACCUAAUGAACAUUGCUCCCAGCUACGGAACAGAGCAGAGUUUUAUCGGAAACUGUGGGAAAAAUUAAAUUUGCCGAGUUACACUGAUAGUUCGGGUAGUGUUAACUGUACAGAACAAAGUACUGAAAGCGAUAUCCAACAGCCGCCAUUGAGCAAAGCACAAAAACCUGUAGAGAAUUUGAAUGAAGGAAAUUAUUGUUACAGAGUCAGAAAUUACAGUGUUCCAACAACCAGUUUGCAAGAAACAGUCCUGUGUGAUUCCUGUGGAAAGAAUCCAGACAUAAUUGGUUUGAAUUUAGCCAUAAAAAAUCUGAAGGAGGUCAAGACGAGUGUAGAGAGGGCUGCAGCGUAUUUGAAGGAGUAUGUGGGGCAUAUGAAAAUUGUUCUGUGGAAUGCGAAAGCUUUUCAGUCAAUCCGUUUCAGUCUGGACAAGUCUCGUGGCCUGUUGAGCACUGUCAAUGCAUUUUCUUCACCUAUAAAGCGACAUUUUUGUGAUCUAGCUCCAGCCUAUGAAAAUUUGGUUAAGGUGAUAGGUUUCUCAAAAUAUUUCUUUUUCAAGAGUAGGAAAGUACAAAUUGAACUGGUGAUAUCUUCUUUGAAGGCUGUGCUAGAAAUCCUUGAUAGUGCAAUUCUUUCUGCCACAUGCAGUCUGGGAGAACUACAGGUUCCAGAAAUCAACACUGAGGAAAACCAUGAAAGCUGUAAUCAAUGUUUCCAUUAUAUCCACACCUCUUUACAGUCUACUGCUGCUUCAGACUUUAUUUCGCUGGAAGCAAAUCAGUCUUCAGGACAUUCCUCUAACAACAUGUACUCCCCUUCUGAACCAACAUCGGAACAUUCAAGUGCCGAUGAGCAGAGUCAGAUCCCCAAAUUCAAUUUUAAUACAAGUUGGUUACUUAAAGACAUUUUGGCAACUUUCGAAAGACUGAAGAAAACCUUUGAGAAUGGUCACUUAGAUUGUUCGUGGAAAGGCACUAGGAUGCUUGAGGAAAUCACAGAAAAGCUGUUAUUGCCUGAUGAAAUGAGACAUGGUAUUUUAUAUGGUGGUCAAGGCAUCUGGUUACAGCAAACUUUAUCAAAGAAAAAGUACUACCAGUUGAUGAGCUUCAGAGGAGAGAUAUUGAGGAUUAAUCAGCUGUUACAGAAAUAUAAUGAGCGAAAGCUUACACUCCAGCAUCUACAAAGAUCAAAACGUAAAAUGCUAAAUAAGAGAUGGAAUGUUUUCAGUAUUUAUACUGAUAAGCUCAGCCAUGCAUCACUACAAAGACUUCAAGAUCAGUCUAAAAUAUUGAAUGAAUGUUUAUUGUGCCUUGAAAGUGCCAGAUAUCCAGAAAUUCAAACAUACAAGACGGAUGAGAUGCGGGAAAGACUGCAGCAUCUUGUGGAACGAAUACCAGCGGCCAUUGAGCUGUGUCAAAAGGGACUGGCCAAAUUGGAGGAAAAACAAAGUUCAGACAGGCAGACGAAGGAGGAAUUGAUAAGUAUUCAGGGAAGCCCUCUAGGAAGUGCCAGUGAGCCAUUGCUGCAUGGGUCAGUGUGUGAACCUCUUGGUGGUGAAGUGAAGACCAGUCAGUCAGUCUCUGAAAUGCAUUCAUCGUUAGAAGAUAUGGACGCGGAUGCUUCAUCCACUUCGGGCUUUCAAGAUGAAGUAUCAGUGUGGGCCAAAGGAGCAGGCCCAGAUCCACCACAUGUAAAGGUAACCUAUUUCUCCUCUACGAACAGUGUGCUGGAACCUUCUGACCAUGUCCUGGAAAAGAUUGCACCAAGAAAUGACCACACGCGCUGGGCAUUGGCUGCAGCUCUGAAGUCUGAGUCCUCACUUGAUACAAGACCAGUGUUGGUAAGCAGUCCUAGGAACGAUGACACAAGGCGUGCUCUGGCAACAAAUACAGAUGUCCGUGCUACAGAGUAUGAAGAAUCACCGACAGAGGAUAUAGAUAUGAGGAGAACCACAGAGCAGAAAAGGGAAAUUCUAAAGUUUCAUGUUAAAGGACCUAGUCAGAAGGGCAUUGGCCGAGGAAGAUUUCAACCUAACCAGCAUCAAGGGAAGCCCAUAUCCUCCAUCGGUGGUCAAACUCGCAGACCAGCAUAUCAUAGGUCCUAUAAACAGAAUUCGGCACUGUACCGCUCUUCAGGCCUGCUCAGGAAUUGUAGUGGAAGAGAUGCACAUGUUCCUGUUGUCCAAAGAUACCCAUUUGCUGUGGAAGAACAAUCAUCAUGUGUGCACUAUUACCCAAACACCUCAUACAACAAUUACCCAUCUCACCAAAGUAACUUGGUUUGUAUGCCAAAUUAUGGCAUGCCUGGAAACAUGCCUGGAAACAUGCCUGUUGGCAAUCCUGUUUUGGCAUAUCAAGCACAUGCUGUGACGAAAACAGUACCUAAACAAGACCCCUGGUUCAGACGAUACUAAACCCAACCAGAUACUGCAGACCAAGAUUGCCACUGAUGCAAACAGAAACCAAAGAGGAGAUGGUCAUAUUAAGACUGAACCCUUAGAUAACAAUGAUGCCCCUGACAACUU